AUGGCCAAGUUGAUCUUGCUUACGGGUCUGGUACUCCUGCUGAAUGCACAAAUAGGUUCUGCCUAUGUGCUAUCAUGCUAUUUCACCAACUGGGGCCAAUACAGACCAGGCCUUGGGCGCUACAAGCCUGACAACAUUGACCCUUGCCUGUGUACUCACCUGAUCUAUGCCUUUGCUGGGAUGCGCAACAAUGAGAUUGCAACCAUUGAAUGGAAUGAUGUCACCCUCUACAAAUCUUUCAAUGGCUUGAAAAACCAGAAUGGAGAACUGAAGACUCUCCUGGCAAUUGGAGGCUGGAACUUUGGAACAGCACCAUUCACUGCUAUGGUUUCCACUCCUGCAAACCGCCAGACCUUCAUCAAUUCUGUCAUCACAUUCUUGCGCCAGUAUGGUUUUGAUGGACUGGACUUUGACUGGGAGUAUCCUGGCUCUAGAGGCAGCACUCCUCAGGAUAAGUCCCUCUUUACCGUCCUGGUUAAGGAAAUGUUGGCAGCCUUUGAGCAGGAGGCCCAGAAAACAAACAGACCCAGGCUUAUGGUCACUGCUGCUGUUGCUGCUGGACUUUCCAAUAUUGAGUCAGGCUACCAGAUCCCUGAGCUUGGCCAGUACCUGGACUACUUCCAUGUGAUGACUUAUGACUUCCAUGGAUCCUGGGAAGGGUACACUGGAGAGAACAGCCCUCUGUACAAAGGUCCUGCUGAUACUGGCAGCAACAUCUACUUCAACAUUGACUAUGCCAUGAACUACUGGAAAGAUAACGGUGCCCCAGCUGAGAAACUCAUUGUUGGAUUCCCAACUUAUGGACACACCUUCAUCCUCAGCGAUCCAUCCAAUACUGCCAUUGGUGCUCCCACAUCUGGGUCUGGGCCUGCUGGACCUUACACAAGACAAGCUGGCUUCUGGGCUUACUAUGAGAUCUGCACCUUCCUGAAAAAUGGAGCUACAGAAGCCUGGGAUGGUCCUCAAGAUGUGCCCUAUGCCUACAAAGGGAAUGAGUGGCUUGGGUAUGACAACAUCAAGAGUUUCAACAUCAAGGCUGAGUGGGUGAAGAAGAACAACUUUGCAGGUGCCAUGGUUUGGUCCCUUGACUUGGAUGACUUCACUGGCACUUUCUGCAACCAGGGCAAAUACCCCUUGAUCACCACCUUGAAGAAUGCUCUUGGACUGCAGAGUGCAAGUUGCAAAGCUCCUUCCCAGCCCAUUGUCCCACCAUCCUCUGGUAGUGGUAGCAGCAGUGGCAGUGGAAGUUCUGGUGGCAGCCCCAGUAGUUCUGGAGGUAGCCCUAGCAGCUCUGGUGGAAGUCCCAGCAGCUCUGGUGGUAGUGGGUUCUGUGCUGGAAAAGCCGGAGGCCUUUAUCCAGACCCAACCGACAAGAACAGCUUCUACCACUGCGUGAACGGAAGAACCUUCCUGCAGAAUUGCCAGUCCGGUCUUGUUUUUGACUCCAGCUGUCAGUGCUGCAACUGGGCAUGAGGAGAUCAGGAUUAAUUUCACUAUCUACUCUUUCCUAAUCUGACUCAACAUUCAAAACUGCUUUUCAAAUGAAAUAAAAUUUAGCAAAAAAUA